AUGUGCCAUAAGAACGCAACUUGCCUGGUUGGAUUUACGGACAAGGGAUACAAAUGUGUGUGUCAGGCUGGUUACAAGGGAGAACAUUGUGAAAAAGGUGAGGACCACUAUGCGUUGCAUCACGCAUAUUUACUAUUUCAUGUAUGUGUCCUUUAUAUCAGUUUAAGUUUCGUAGCGUAAAUUUACAUAUGUCCUUCGAGUAGUUACGAUGCAAGUAUAACACUUUGUACCCAUUUUGGGUUUUUGUUUCAUUUCAAUACUCGCGUCCUCUGGGAUACUUCGUGUCAUCUCGUGCUCUAACAAUACCCAUAACUGCCAUGCCAAGGCUGUGUUUAUAAUAUCGAGAAGUCUUACAAUUAUAGAUGUAAAGAAGGUUUUAAGGGAGAAAGAUGAAAUUUCAUGGUUAAGUUCAGAGUAAUCACUGCAAUAUAUUUUUAGUAAUGUAGCAUUCCUAGAUUACAAACCUUUUUUAUUCUACCAUAAUUCAAUUUUGCCAAAGAAAGGCAAGAACACGCUCAAAAAGAAAAGGUCAAAACGGAGCGAGUAAAAACAGUUAAAGACAAGAAUAGAAGCAAAAAAAAAAUUCCGAGAAUAAUAAUAAUGAUGAUUAUAAUCGAAUUAUUUAUUCAGUAUAACCCUUCAAUAAAAAGUACUGUUAUCAACAAGGUCCUUUUGAUUAAGAUUAAAAACUCAGAAAUAAGAAAUUAAAAUAUAUAUAAGAUAAAAUCUAUUAAAACAAAAAUACACUAAGUUAAAAACAAUUAAAACAACAAUGGAAACUACAAGUAAUAAUCGUCCGGACUUUCCUAAAUGAAAACUCCAGAAUUUAUGUUCCUUAAACCUGAAGGUAACGAAUUAAAAAUCGAGGCACCCAAAAAAUAAAAAUUACGGCGCGCAAAAUCCAGUUUGGCUUUUGGUAGCUUUGCUGUUUUUCCAUUGUUCCCUGUGUUUAUUGCGUUAUGUUGUAAAAAAAAACAAACAAACAUCUGACGGAAAAGAAAUCGUUGGAAAACUCCAGCUAUACCGUCGUCAGAUUUUGUUAAUCAUUCGUGUAUUUACAGACCGAAUCAAAACUCCACUCGAUCUUUUCACCAUCUCUUUUAAAACUGAUAGAAUGGUGACUUGACAUAUCAAGAUGAAAAACCAAUAAAAUAAACAUAGGUAAUAAGAAAGCUUGACUAUACUUUUUAAUAAACGAAAGAACUUAUAAUAUGAAAAGAGGUUGAGUUGAACCUUUUUUGCCCUUCAGCAUUCAAAGCAGUUUUGACAAAUCUCGAUGCCACUGGAAGAUAUGGUCCAACAUCGCUGAGUAGUCAUUACACAGGUCAGGAUCAUGACGGACAAGUUACAUUGUCCAGCGGUAUUCAACAGUGGACUGUGCCGUACACUGGUGACUACAGAAUAGAAGCAAUAGGAGCAGCAGGAGGGUACGAUCAAGGGAUUAACAGCUCUCAGUACCGAGGAAGAGGAGCAAGAAUGAUUGGGACAUUCCGCUUGAACAAGGGUGAGGUCAUUCAGAUAAUUGUCGGUCAAGAAGGAGGAAUAAACAAGAUAACGGAAUCCUCUGGCGGUGGUGGAGGUACAUUUGUAGUGAGAGGAGCCGACACACCUUUGAUAAUAGCUGGAGGCGGAGGAGGCACACAAAAUGUUAUGUCAAGGCAUAAAGGAUGCGACGCCAGUACAAAUACAACGGGGAAUCCUGGAUACAAAUCAUGGUCAGGGGGGAGCAAUGGGCAUGGAGCUCAAACUGCUGAUGAUUAUUAUUCAGGUAAGAUAAUACUGUGAUGAUCCCUUACCUCUCAGCACCUCAUUAAUGAAUUUGUUAAUGUAUGCUUCAAAUUUAAACAAUCGGCCCUAGUCCCCCCCAAAAAAACAACAAUAAACACUGAGACUACCUAGGAAAAGGACCAGUUUAUGCAUAUAGGGAUAAUAUAGACACAUGUAAAAAUAUUAAACCUAACGGAUGGCAGCUCAAUAGAAAUACAUCAUACACAGGUAUGACCACGUUGAUAUAGGUACAUUAGGGGAUUCAAAAAAAGCAAAGUCUACGACAAUAAUCAUCAAUGGUUUUUGUUUGUUAUUUUCUCAGGGGGUGGUGGUGGCGGGUUUAACUCCAGUGGAAGAAGUGGAAAGGAUGGUAAGGGAUUUCUACAGGGAGGGGUGGGUGGGAGAUCAGUAGAUCUCAAUGUUGUUGGUGGGUUUGGUGGAGGAGGAGGAAGAGGAGCUUAUGGACCGAAAGGAGCAGGAGGAGGAGGAGGAGGAGGGUACUCUGGGGGAAGCAGUGGAGAUGCUAGGUAUAGUUCCUGUGGAGGAGGGGGUGGCUCUUACAACGAUGGAAACAACCAGGACAAUACAUGUUGUUAUAGUACGGCUGGUCAUGGUCAGGUGACUAUCACAUUACUCUGA